AUGACAUCAAAAAAUGCAUCUACAGUAACAACUUCUUCAUCAUCAAUCAAGUUAAAUCCAGGAUGUCAUAAAUUAAAAACGAAGACAAGACAUUUAUCCCCUAUCCCAUUGAUUGAUCUGACAGAAGAUGUAGAAAAUAUACAUCAAGUGAACAAUGAAAAUCUUAUAGUUGGUAUCUCAAAUGAAUAUUUGGAUCAUGGUGAUCAAGUUGUUGUAUGUCAAACAUGUCGUGCAAAGUUAUGGAGAAAUGAAUCCAUUAGAGGUAAAGAAAAGGGGAACACGGAUUAUUCAUUAUGUUGUGGUUACGGCAAAGUUCAACUUCCAGAUUUAAAGAAUGCACCCCCGACUUAUGAAAGAAUGUUCCGAAAUAUGGAUUCAAAAAGCAAACACUUCAUGAAAAACAUUCGACGUUACAAUUCAAUGUUUUCUUUCACGUCGAUGGGUGGUAAAAUUGAUUCUUCAAUCAAUAGAGGAAACGCUCCAUACAUUUUCAGAUUGGGUGGUCAAAAUUAUCAUAGUAUUGGAAGUCUUUUGCCAGCAAAAGGAUCGGAACCAAAAUUCUCUCAGUUAUACAUUUAUGACACUGACAACGAAAUUACAAAUAGACAAAGAUGUUUUCGAUCUUAUAGGAUGGUAAGAGAUACUUUUCAGAAAAAUCCAGAAGUUGAUAUGAAAUUACGACUUAUCGGGAGAAGGGAGCAAGAUGGAAGAACAUAUAACCUACCGACUGCUUCUGAGGUUUCUGCUUUAAUAAUUGGUGACAUUUCGGAUUCAAUCGAAAAGAGGGAUAUCGUCGUUCAAACAAAAAAUGGUUGUCUACAACGUAUCAGUGAAUUGCAUCCUUCGUAUCUUCCUCUCCAAUAUCCAUUGCUAUUUCCAUAUGGGGAUGAUGGUUAUAGUGUUGACAUUCUUCAUAGAGGUGUGUCAUUUACGAACAACAGCAAGCGUGCGAAAUGUACAAUGAGAGAAUAUUUCGCUUAUAGGAUUCAAGACAGAGAUCAUUCGUUCUCUCUCAUACUUAAUUCAAGAAGAUAUCCUUCUGUUGUCAGACUACCUUUUCAUCUUCCUAAUCAACAUCAUAUUGUAUAUGGCGAAGACGAUGAUAUUGAUGAUGUUCUUGACAAACCUUCUGAUGCGGCUUCAAAGUUCACAGCUUGGAUGGAGUGUAAUGCAAUCGACAGUGAAGCACGAAAACUCACAUAUGUUGAAUUCCCUACAAAUAUGUCAAAACCAGAAGUCGUUUGGGAAAAUACAUGGGAAUAUUUGGCAGAUGGAAUUCUAUAUAGACAACGACAAAGAUUUAAGUCUGCAGAGUUGUCACUUGGAGUAGAUGAACUUAAGAACUUAACUUUGUUCGAAAUACAACAAAUUUUACUUCGAAACAACUCUACUCUCAAAAACUUCAAAAACAUGCCAUACCCAGAUGUUGAAUCCGUUUCUUCUUCAAACAAUCGGCUUAUCACCGAGGAGCUAGAUUACGACGUUCCCGUGAUAAAGAAUGACUAUGAUCGUAUGUUUCUUGCAUUAACAAAUGAGCAACGUAAUAUUUUCCUAAACAUCAUGAGUGCUAUUCAAGAAAAUAAAGGAGGUGUCUUCUUUGUUUACGGUUAUGGUGGAACGGGUAAAACUUUUUUAUGGAAAACAAUAUCUGCAGCAAUUAGAUCUGAAGGAAAUAUUGUAUUAAAUGUUGCUUCAAGCGGUAUUGCUUCCUUAUUAUUGCCUGGUGGUAGAACAGCACACUCUCGAUUUAUAAUUCCAUUUGAGCUUACAGAGGAUUCUUUUUGUAACAUAAAUUUGGAAGCUCUCCACGUACCUUGGCGUGGAGAGUACUUAUGA